CAUGUUUGGUGCCCCCUCCUCCACAGUCCGCCUUGUUUCCUCUCACCUCCGCCGUUUCUCCCUCAGUGCUCGGACGUUGCGUUAAGGUGCAGAGCCGAGUCCCGCUCUUUGGGGUAUUUUCCGAGGAAAGUCAGACGACGUUGACACCGUCAAGGGACAGCGGAGACGACAGUCAUUUUCACCACCUGUGCGCACUUGUCUCCAUACGACAGUAGAAAAAAUGGAUCCAACGACUCAGUCAUCGCAGAUAACGUCGUCGCAAGGGUUAGCCGAUGGGCAAAACUCUGCUGCCAAAGAAUCAAAGCUUAACGAUUCCUUUCUUUCCUCUUCGCCUGUAUCUCUCAUUCAGUCUCCUCAAGACAAAAGAGUCGUCCUGGGCUCCGAAAAGCCCUGUGAAGGUGUCGCAACAUCCCUUCGCUUUCCCUCUCAACCUGGCACGUUCACACCUGCUCAUUACGGGAGUGAAGCAGGGCCACCAGAUGGACAGCCAGAUUCACCAAUAAAGACCUCUCCUGUUUCAGAGCGAAUAAAAGCACUGGAAGCUCUUGCAGCCAAAAAGAAGGAACCUGAAUUUAAAAGUGAUGGAGGUUACUCUCACUUCAGAGAUCGCCAUUAUGACAAAUCCCCCAUUGAGACCAAAAAACCUCCCAUUGAGACCUCAAGAUCACCCAUUGAGGCCCCCAAAUCACUCAUUGAGUUCCAAAAGUCACCGACUGAGACCAAGUCACCGACUGAGACACAAAAGUCACAGACUGAGGCUCACAAAUAUACCACUGAGACUCCAAAAUCUCCCAUUGAAAAGACUCUGCCAGGUAUCUCAAAAAAAGAAGGCUCUGCUGAUCAGGAGUCACCUGAAUCCCCCUUUGAAGUACUUGGAGAUUUAAGACAAGUGAAUGAAUUUGAAGAGACAGAGGAAUGGAUGAAGGCUCAUUUACCGCCCAUGCCAGACUUUGAUGCCGUAGAUUUAAUGAAAGACACUGUGGUUUCAGAAAGUGUUACAACAAAAGAGGAAAAGGUGAUUCAUGCGGUAAUACCUGCUGCUCCUGCUGCCUUUGCUGGUGUCCCUGAUGCCUUCAUGGAUUCUCCUAUCAAAUCUUUGGAAGUGAAGGAUGGCUUUAGUGAUGCACAGAAACAGCCAAGUGUUGAGGAGGAGUCUGAGUUUGACCUUGAUUUUUUGCCAACAGCGUAUGUGUGGGAUCAGCAAGAAAAAACAGGCGUCCAGGCUCGAACAAAUGUUGAUUCAGAAGUUCCAACUUCAACUGCACCUCAUGCAAACUCUGGGUCGCCCCCACUUCCUGUCUCCCCGCAAAGUGACAUGAGUGUUAAAGAGAAAAUAUCAGAUGACAAGACGACUAUUUGGACUGGUGAUAUAGAGCCACCAGAGGCAAGUGAAGCAGACAGCUCAGGAGAGUCAGAAGACACUGUAAUUGAAGAUGGUGUCAUUGCUCCUGCAUCAGAACCCCUUUCGUCUUCUGAUAUUGCAUUUUCAAAUGAUCCUACCCCUGCCCCUGCUUUUGCAGCUCCUGAUUUCCCCAAUGAAGAAAAGGUGGUACCUCCACCAAAGUCGGAGAGGAAGCUAAUGCAAGUUCCAACCAUCAAUGUUAUUGAGACAGACGAGCCAAAUUACAGUGAAGAGGAAAUGGAAAUGGAGCUUGAAGCAGAGAUAGAUGAGGAUUAUGAAGUUGUGACAGACUCUGCCAGAGAGGCAACCAAAACCCCAGAACCAGAGGAUGGUGAACAUGAACAACCCAAGACACGUCCCUUAGAAACUGAAUUCAUGGAAGGCUACUCUCCCCCAUCCUCACCUGUAGACUCUGAUGUUGAAUACUCUCCCAAGCGCAAUAUAGUCAAAUCUCCUCCAGAAACGUACCACGAGGAAUCUAGGCCUGAGCUUGAGGCCUCACCACAUCCAACUGUUCCAAAGGAAUCAGCAUUUGAAAUUUCUCACGAUCAAUCCAAGAAGUCAGAAAUGACUUCCAACAAUGUUAAUGAUGAACCUUCGACUAUCAAACUCCCAAAUGAAGAAGUGGACUUCCCAGACAAUGAUGACGAAUGGUCAGAUGAAGCACAAUGUAUGCUGGUAACAUCUUACAGGACUGACAGUGUGCCCAACAAACCAGUUUCUUGCACCGAGUCCAAAAUGGAUGCGAGUAGUAACAUAGCUGUGAAAGAGACUUAUGUGGAGUCAGUUUCUCUUUCCAAAACCAGCUUUAUUCAAGAUGAUGUAUAUGACAGACAGUCAUUUGAUUAUGAUUAUGAUGCAUCUUCUCUGCUGGAUGAGCAGUUUGUUUCUGAUUCCUUUGAAAUCCAAAGUGAAACACUGAAUUCAAGCUCUUUAAAAAAUGAUGUUCCAGAGGACAGUCAAGAUGGUGAAAAUCUGGACAACUUCACACCACUUAAUGAUUGUCAAGGACUAAGCAGCAUGAUUGAACAAGAUUUCAAAAUGUGGAUGACCACUGACGUUUCAGACAACAUUGCAGAUGGGGCACAGAAAAUUGAUUCCAAGAUCCAGGAAGAAACAAAAGCAGCUGUCCUUGCACUUGACAAAACAAUGGACCCAGAGAGCACUGACCCCGAAAUGGCAGAUAUUGAGGCUGCAGACAGCUUUGUAGAAUUCAUGCGAGAGUGCCUGAAAUCUAGACAGGAUGAAGAACCAGACAGCCAGCACCAAGGUGUUUUCUCUGAGUCCAAGCUUUGUGAAAUUGGUCAGCCAAUUCACCAGUCCCCUCCAACCAUGUUUAUGGAUUUUGAACAAGAACAACUCACUAUCAGUGCUCUCAAAGAGCUUGGCAGCAGUCAAGAGGAUGACGAGGUACCAUCUCUCCAAUCUAAGAUUCCUGACCAGAACGAUGCUAACCCCAGUGCUACAUCAAUAGAGCGGUCUACCUUCACAUCAGUUUCUACCCCUCCAUGUCCCCAAAGUGACCGUGCAUCCGACAGCAUGUAUUCCAAAGAGAUGGAAGCCAUUGAUGUAUGGGUAGCUGAAGCCUAUCAUCUUGCUGAGCAUGUCUUGACAGCAAUACUAACCCACUUAUCAGUGAAGGAUCUGAUCCACUGGCGAGACCCCAAGAAGUCGGGCGUGGUGUUCGGUCUGUCCAUGCUGAUGCUGCUGUCGCUGGCAGCCUUCAGCGUCAUCAGCGUGGUCUCCUACCUGCUGCUCGCCCUGCUCUGCGUCACCAUCACCUUCCGCAUCUACAAGUCUGUGGUCCAGGCCGUGCAGAAGUCUAGCGACGGACACCCCUUCAAAACGCUGAUAGAUAAGGAUGUCAGCAUCCCCCCCGAGACUUUCCGCAAGCACGUGGACACCAGUCUGACCUACAUCAACCGAGCCCUAAAGCAGAUGAGCCGCCUCUUUCUGGUCGAGGACCUCGUGGACUCCCUAAAGCUGGCUGUGGUCAUGUGGCUGUUGACCUACGUAGGAGCUGUUUUCAAUGGAAUCACCAUUCUCAUCCUGGCUGACAUCCUGCUCUUCGCGGUGCCACCAGUCUAUGAGAAGAACAAGACUCAGAUUGAUCAUUACAUCGACGUGGCACGUACUCAAUUCAACACCACGAUGGCCAAGUUGCAAGAGAAACUUCCCGGAGCGGUGAAGCGCAGCAAAACUGAAUGAUCGCCCUCCAUAAGAAAAAAAAAAACCUUCACAUCACCAUCACCACCAUCAUCCUCAUCUCCAUCACCACCUAAAACCGCACCCCCCCCUCCUUUCUCCAGUUAACCCCCGUCCCGCCAGUCUAACUGCCCCUCCCACCUCCAUCCACCAUCACCCCUACAACACUGACCCUUGCUAGGUAGAUAAACCUCUGAGCUACUCAAUAUUUAAUGUACAACUACUGCGCAGCUUAACUUGCAAAAGCAUUUAGAGAAGAACUGUGCCUGUUCAGACAGGAAGUGCAAAACGCUAGCGAGGAAGUGACGCAAGCGGACCCCGCCCCCCCCCCCCCAACACCCUCUCUGUGGGCGGGAGAAAAUGGAGGCAGGGUCGAGUGAACUAGACUGAAUCUAUGACCUGGUCUCUCCGCGUGUACAGCGAUGCAGGUGGGCGCUUGUUUUGCGUGUGUGUGCGUGGCUGUAUACGACGCCAAAAUGCAAAAAUGUCUGUACGAUUUAAAAAAACAAACAAACACAUUUUUCCUCUCCCAGCUGCGAAAAACACUUAGAAAAACUGAAAUGUAUUAAAAAAAAAAUUAAAAAAAGGAACGAAAUGAAAUAAAAGCAACCUUUUGGGACUUACUGUGGAUAGUCGUGGACCUGUUGUGUGGAUAAAUAUGAGUUCAUUUAUUUAGGAAGUUGGUUUUGUGUAAAAACGACAGGCCUGUUUAAUGAGUUUUCUCCUGCGUUCACCUCACAGGCACUUGUGUUUGUACGUCUCUGCACUGCACUGAACUUUAAGUUUGUUGUUUUUUUUGUUUUUUUUGGAAACCCAUCAGCAGGGUGAAAUAAAGAGGUUUGGAAGACGGA